AAAAGGGGGCGGUGUAUCUGGUUCUGCUGCAUGCUGUACUUGUGCUGUACUAGCACUGUUCUGACAGAAAUAAGUACUGAGGAUCAUAUCAGGAGUUCUGGUCCAUGUUACGUUAACCAAUACUUUGGCUGGAGUUCCUAAUUUUUGAUCACGAUCUGUAUUGUUCCUGAGAGAUCCUGAUCUGACUGACUCGACUAUGGCAACACCCUCAUUUAUAAGUGUUGAUAAGCACAGAAACGUUCUACAGGGCAUUAUAUUGACUGCAGUCUACUGUAAACACAAUACUGCAAUUCAUAGAGCAGUGGAGGUCAUCAGAGAACAGAAACUGGAUGAGAAAGACAAACAGAAAGGGGGAAAACAAAGUCUGGACUUUCUACCCUCCAAACACGCACAGGUUAACCCAGAGUACCGGUCCCACUCUCCUCUCAUGCUGGCCUGUCAAAGAGGUGAUAUAGACAGAGUCAGACUGUUGCUGGACGAGGGAGCAUCUGCUGCCUUCAAAAACAAGGAAGGGCUGAAUGCUCUUCAUAUUGCUUGUAACACUGGGAAUCUGGAGAUCUGUCAACUCUUGCUCGAUAAGGCAAACAAUCAAAAUCGCUUUGGGAUUAACAAGCAGCAUGAUUCGGAUAUAUCCAUCCUUGUCAAUGCCAAAGAAAAGAGAGGUUGGACUCCAUUGAUGUAUGCUGUCAAGGGAGACCAUCUGGACAUUGUCACUGAGCUGGAGGACACUGAUGUUUUAGAUUACUCUGUGAUCAAUAAGAAGGGAGCCAACUUCCUCCACAUAGCCUGCAGUGAAGGUAGUGACAAAACUCUUCGUCACAUUAUUGGCGACCUUCCACCCCUGCUUCCUGAUGUUCUAAAGGAGCUAUUUAUGGCAACAGAUAAAAUUGGCUGGAAUAUAAUCCACUAUGUUUGCUCUAAUCGCAAGAGCCCUAAUCUCACCGAAUGGCUGUUGGAAAAUAUGACAGUGAUCAGUGAUGAGGACAAGUCUGACCUUCUCAAGCAGAAAACGAAGGCUGGAUACUCCCCUUUUCUGACAGCAUGUGAGUAUCAGAAAGUGGAUGCAGCGAAUUACCUGGUUGGGCGGUCAGAUGUGGAUGUGUCGGACUUUGUUGAGGAAAGCAGUGAUGAUGGAGAGAGAACAGGAGAGAAGAGUGCUCUCCAUAUCGCAGCUAUUCAUGACUCAGCAGAGAUCGCAAAGGCUCUCUUAGACAAGGGGUGCAAAGCUGAUCGGAAGGACAUAAUGGGAAACACAGUCCUCCAUGUAGCACGAGCAAAGUCAAGUGAGAGAGUAGAAAAGGUUAUUCUCGCAACUGAACAUGGUAAAGCUCUCCACGAAGAGAAGAACCAGGCUGGUCAGUCUCCUAGGGAUGUGGAACCCGAAGACAUUAUUCCCCCCGAGAUUGUGAAGCGUGGAUCCGUUUUCAUCGAAAGUUACAAGCAAGCGUUAAGACAAGGGAAGAAAAAAAUUCCUCGAUGUGGUCUGUUGUUUCUCGGGGAAGCACGCAAAGGCAAGACAAGUCUCUAUAAACUGAUCGUUGGGAAAGAAUUUGAUCCGAACCAAAAAUCAACUCGUGGCAUUGACAAUAAUGAAGUGGAUACAGUCGAUUCUCGAGCAGUCACAAUGCAGUGGUCUGAAACAAGCGAGGGAGACCAGCAAAGAGAGAGAGAUGAAAUGCAUGCAUUGGCUAUUAUCAAAGGGCUUCCAGAGGAAGUGAAAAAGCAAGCAGCUUCUCAGAAGUUUCAAGAAAAAUCUUUGGGUGAGCUUCUCCGAAGAAUAGAGGAUAUUAACACGAAAAUCAACAAAGAAACGAAGCCUCUGGUUCCUAAAAUAAAUUUGCGGAAGGAACGUGAUCCAAUUUUAGACUCGUACUCAUUUCUUUCGAGUGAUCCUCGACCAUCGAACACUCCUACUGACCAACAAGUGAAACUGGCACCAGUAGAAAAUUCUCCCUCACCACCUCCAGUUCUCAAUUCAAGUGCAGCUAACACAUUGAUAGCGCCAGAGAAAAUUGAAUUUACUCCCAAGCCUCCAUCAAAACCACAAGUCCCCAAAGUUUCCCAAGUCAAAAAGUCUGUUUCCCAACCUUUACCUGUGUCUACUAAAAUCGUACCCCCUGAGCGAAGUAUCAGUGUAUGCAGUCGGUUAGAAGCUAAAAUCGUCAACAAUGCAUUUAAAAACCGGAAACAUCUGAUGAAGGAUACAAAGCCAACCCUUAUACUGAAUGUCCUGGAUUUCGCUGGCCAAGAAAACUACCGACCAAUGCAUCACUGCUUCAUCAGGAGACGAUCCAUGUACAUUGUGGUGUUCAAUUUGCAAGAUAUGCGGGAAUAUCUGCUUCAACCAAAUUUCCAACCCAAUCCAAUGGAGGAAGUUCGGUACUGGUUGCAUUCGAUUCAUGCACACAUCUCUCCACCGGAACCAAAUGAGAAUGAAGAAACAGAAGACAAGUAUCAGAGAAGAGUAGUACUUGUAGGCACUCACCGCAAUCCUGGAAUUGGCAAAGAAGAAAUCACACAGGAUCAACUGAAAGAAAUCAAUAAGGAGGUACGAAAAGUGCUCGUGGAGGAUGAUAGAUGCGUAAAUCACCUUUGUAAAAUUAACGGAAGAUACUUCAUUGCAGUAGAAAAUUCAGUGACUGAUCCGAUCAACAGUGGAGCCUUAGAAGUCCGAAGUACACUCGACGGUAUAAGUAAGAAAUUGAAGUUUUUGAAUGAAGUAUAUCCCCUGUCUUGGCUUCGAUUAGAAGGUAAACUGAAAGAGAUGAAAAAUGACAUCAAACGAGAAAAGAAGAAAGGAGAAAUUGAGAGGUGCUGUCGAAAGAAUGAAAUGAUUAAAAUUGCUGAGCGCAAAGGUGUUCCACACCCCACUAAUGCCCUGGAAUUCUUUCAUGAUGUUGGGGAGAUAAUUCUUCUCGAUCGCGUGUCCAAGCUGCUUUUAAGUGAAAAGGAUGCCGAAAAGAUUAAGGAGUUGGUGAUAAUCGAUCCGAAAAUGUUAAUUGAAAUCAUGAAGAUUAUCAUGGAGUUAUCCAAAGAUAGUGACAAUAUUCUCUCAGGGAAAGAAGAACGAAAUUUACAGAGUGGUAUAAUCUCUUUUGCCGUUCUCGAAAGAUUGUGUCAACAAAUUCUCAAGUCUGAUAUAGUUGACGCUACAACACUGAGUGUAAUUCUACAAGCCUAUUGUCUGAUUCAUCCGACAUCUGGUAACGAUUCCCAGGCCGAUUCCGCCAGCUGUCACAGUGAUAGUCCAACCAACAAAUGCUUUGUUAUCCCUUCAAUGCUACCGGAGCUUCAAGAUGACAUGAUCGAAGAGGUAGCUCAAAGCACCAUUCCCUGGAUGGAAUUUUAUUUCGACUUUGAAAAGUUUCUACCUAUGGAAGUGUAUCACCGUUUGGUAUGCAUGUUGAUGGCAGCAGCUCAAAAGCAUCGUAGGAGAAGUCGUGUUUCUCGCUUCUUGUGUUGCUUUGAUAUGGUUCAUGACUGUAAAUGGAAAGUUCAACUGGAAGUUCUUCAGCAUAGAAUAAAGAUUUCUGUGAGGGUAUUAAAGGGAAAGAAACCUUCAGAAUGUAUCCAGCUCAUUCAUGAUGAGUACCUCAAGAGGAUAUGCCAAGAGAGUGGAUUUCAAGGCUUGAAGUAUCGUGCUGGCCCAAUGCUGCUAUGUCACUGUCCUCAACCGUCUGUCUUCACAUUUGUGGCUUUUGACGACAAUGAGCCUAAAAUCGAAGUUCCUGUUGGUGCAUGUCCUAAGUGUUUCGAGGAAUGGAAAGGAAGUGGAGAUAGCAGUGAAAAAGUUGAUGUUAUUCUACAAGAGCAAAUCUGUCAAAAUAGCCCAGAAACACCAGGAACUGGUGGACUGAGGACACUGACUGUUGAAGAACUGAAGGAGCGUACUAAAGUGACCGACUCUCAACUUGAUGGACAAAUUGAUGAAAAAGACAUGCUCGGACUUUCCGAUCACUUUGGUAAUGUGGAAGACUACAUGAUUCCCUUGGGACUAACCCAAAGCCAGCAAAGAGACGUAACAAACCUCCUGUCAGUAAAAAGAAGCACACAAAGUGCCGUGGCUGAGGCUUUGAGGUUGUGGAGAAAGCGCAACCCCUUUGCUGCCACCUACAGAGCACUCAUUGAGAUAGUACUGAAUGCCAACGAAGGCCAACUAGCAAUUGAUAUUUGCCAGCACUUGUGCUCACUUGACUCUACUUAGUAUUAAAAUACUAGUUUGUUUCAUGUUUCAUAGAUUUGUAUAAUCUUUAUCGACCCUGUC